AUGGCGGAGCACGUGGCCGGACGUUUGGCCGCCCAGGAACAGCAAAUCGAGGCGCUAAGCGAGGAGAUCCGGCGCCUCCGGGACGGACUCGGCGGCGGCGGCGGCGGGUGCUGCUUGAGCGGCGGGCUCGCGAGCGGCUCCGACGAGCUCGAUGAUCUGCGGAGCGAGAACGAGAAGCUCCGGUACCGGCUCGUGCACCUGCGACGUUCUCUCCGGGACGAACUGGAGCUCGAGACGAAGGACCGGGCCGGCGCGCGCACAGGCCGCGAGACGCACGAGAGAGAAACGCCGAAAGUGAAGGCACCCCAGAAGCGAACCGAACCCUCGAAGCCUCCAGAGGUCCAAAAUACAUCAGAGAAGAGCAAGAAGAAAGAGAAACCCAAAGCACAAGCAGGAACAGGGGAGCUGAACCCAUGGCCUGGCUACAUCUCCGAGCGCCUGGAACUCUAUGAACGACUGAAGAAGGAGAGUGACUCCAAUCUGGCCAAGCAGGCAACUAAUAGUGAACCCAUUUCAGUCCAACUGCCUGAUGGACAAAAAGUGGAAGCUCGAUCCUGGAUCACUACGCCGUACCAACUCGCCUGCGGGAUCAGUCAGGGUCUGGCUGAUAACUGCGUGGUUGCCCGUGUGGAUGACGAGCUGUGGGAUUUGGAUCGACCACUGGAGAAAGACUGCAGUCUGGAACUGCUGCGCUUUGACAAUGAAGAUGCCCAGGCUGUGUACUGGCACUCCAGUGCCCACAUCCUGGGUGAAGCCAUGGAGCGAUUUUACGGAGGCUGCCUGUGUUACGGGCCUCCCAUCGAGAAUGGCUUCUACUACGACAUGUUUCUGGACGGCCAGAAAGGAGUGUCGAGCACGGAGUUCGGGGAUCUGGAAACACUCUGUAAGGGCAUCGUUAAGGACAAGCAGCCGUUCGAGAGACUGGAGAUUAGCAAGGAAACGCUGCUGGAGAUGUUCAAGUACAACAAGUUCAAAUGUCGGAUCCUGAAUGAAAAAGUGACCACCCCUACCACUACCGUGUACAGAUGUGGUCCUCUCAUUGACCUUUGCCGUGGUCCUCACGUACGCCAUACAGGCAAGAUUAAAGCCCUGAAGAUCUAUAAGAACUCAUCCACGUACUGGGAAGGUCGGUCAGACAUGGAGACACUGCAGAGAAUCUACGGGAUCUCCUUCCCCGACACAAAGUUGCUGAAAGAGUGGGAGCGCUUUCAGGAAGAGGCCAAGAGCCGAGACCACCGGAAAAUCGGAAAGGAUCAGGAGCUGUUCUUCUUCCAUGAUCUGAGUCCAGGCAGCUGUUUUUUCCUCCCUCGUGGAGCCUACAUCUACAACACUCUCACCGAGUUCAUCAGGGAGGAGUACUGGAGAAGAGGUUUUCAGGAAGUGGCAUCUCCAAACAUCUACAACAGCAAGUUAUGGGAGACGUCAGGCCACUGGCAGCACUACAGUGAGAACAUGUUCUCCUUCCCCGUGGAGCAGGACAUCUUCGCCCUCAAGCCCAUGAACUGCCCCGGACACUGUCUGAUGUUCAGUCACCGGCCCCGGUCAUGGAGGGAGCUGCCCCUAAGACUGGCGGAUUUUGGUGUUCUUCAUCGUAAUGAGCUCUCGGGGACACUGACUGGUCUCACUCGUGUCCGUCGUUUCCAGCAGGAUGAUGCUCACAUCUUCUGCACCAUGGAGCAGAUUGAGUCGGAGAUGAAGGGCUGCCUGGACUUCCUGCGCUGCGUAUACGACGUUUUCGGGUUCUCUUUCCAGCUGCAUCUGUCUACCCGACCCGAGAAGUUCCUCGGGGACGUUGCCGUGUGGGACUAUGCCGAGAAGCAACUUGAGAACAGCCUGAACGAGUUUGGAGAACCGUGGAAGCUAAACCCAGGCGACGGAGCUUUCUAUGGGCCGAAGAUAGACAUCAAGAUCAAGGACGCCAUCGGACGUUAUCACCAGUGUGCCACCGUCCAGCUGGACUUUCAGCUGCCUAUUCGCUUCAAUUUAACUUACAUCGGGAAAGACGGAGAUGAUAAAUCCAGACCUGUGAUUAUUCAUCGUGCCAUCCUGGGCUCUGUGGAGAGAAUGAUCGCCAUUCUUACCGAAAACUACACUGGAAAAUGGCCGCUCUGGAUAUCUCCACGCCAGGUCAUGGUGGUGCCCAUCAAUCCGUCCCUAGAAGAAUACGCCAAUGCGGUGUGUAAGCAGUUUGUGGAGGCGGGUUUCAUGGCAGACGCAGAUCUCGACUCGGGUUGCCUCCUGAACAAGAAAAUCCGCAACGCUCAGCUGGCCCAGUACAACUUUAUUUUAGUGGUCGGUGAGAAGGAGAAGAUGACUAACAGCGUCAACGUGCGCACGAGGGACAACAAGGUCCACGGCGAGUUGACCGUGCCCGAGGUUCUGGCUCGGCUCGCUCUGCUCAAACAGUCGCGCUGCAGGAACGCUGAGGAGGUGUUCUGAACAAAGAUACCCACCUGAUUCGAAUUCAGAGAGAAAAACGAUCAUUUGUCUGGUUUCUUUCAGUAGCAGCUGUUUGGUAGAAAAUAAUGAGUUGAUUCGGUGUGUUGGUGUCAUGAUUUCACGGUUAAUCACUGCGUAUGAAUGGAUGCUUAUUUCACCGCAUUUCUGAUUUAUUUAUUUUUUGUUCCCUUCAGUACUCCAGUGGCGGUGGUUCUUUUUGUGUCCGGCUGUAACUGUGGUAAAACAACCUCAGCUUGUGUAGAAAAUGCAGCUACAGAACUUUUUAUCCGUGUUCUAAUCUGUUGCUGGAAAUGUUUUCCAUUGCUACCUCUGUGUCUUACUUUUCUUCUAUUUCGCUAUUCCUCUGGCAGUGACGCAAAAUUCUCCAAAAUAUCUUGUCAUUUUGGAAAACAUUUAUUUAUGCACAUAUACUGUACCUACACAAUAUAUGGACAAAAGUUUGAACACCUAACAAUAAUGUGAUUUUGUUUUUAAUAUCCCAUUCCACAUUUAAUCCCCGUUUUGCUGUUAUAAGAACCUCCACCUUUCUGGAAAGAUGUUCCAGUAGAUUUUGGAGAUUUGAUCAGCCUCAUCCAGCCGCUUGGUAAAGACCGGUAACGAUGUAGGGUGAGGAUGCCGUCAGAGAAAACAUGAAACUCGUUACAGUUUUCCUUCAUUCAACAAAAUUGUUUAACGAUUCAUCACAAAGGUGUUGAAAAGGUUUGAGGUCAAUCCAGAUCUUCCACUCCAACCCAUGUAUACUCAACCUUCAUGAGCUGGGUUUGUGCACAGGGUUCGAACAGGAUUUGGCUCCAAUUCUUUUGUCCAUAAAGUGUGUUUUUAUAUUAAUAUAAGUUAAUUAAAAUUGGCUAUUCAUUUUUUGUUUAUUUUUUCUUUUUUUUCAAUUUACACUUAACAAUACUGUGAACAAACAUUUUAGACCGUAACACCCCUACAGCUGAUUUAUUAGGAAGGAAAAAAAGAUUAAGGGAAAAAAUCUCUGGAUCGGAAUCAGGUCAUCAGACGUAACGGACAAAAGCAGGACAGGAAAACAGGAAACGCAGUUCUAAAGUGGGGUGUGAUUAUUUCGACGGUUCAGCAAAGAGGAAAACGCAUUAAAUGAAAGGUUUUCGUGAAAGUGAAUGAAAUUUCAGUUGUGUACGAUGAAAGAAAGAUUGUUUUUCAGUGCAUUGUGUAACGUGAACGGUUUCAUGGACACGUGGGAAGCGGGCGGUUGAGGUGGCGAUUGGUUUGAAGACUUGUGAAUACAGAAAAAUCUUUUUUUUUUUUUCCCUUUUGAAUUAUUGCUUUCAUGCCAUAUUUUGUUAAGAACACAGGAAAUUUCACCCAGAUCUGUCUUACAUUGUGUGUGAUGGGAAAAGCAAACAUUUGAUGACUGAUGGAAAUGAUGAUGAAUAAAUCGUUUUCUCAGCUA